AUGGAGAGGAAAGAACAUUUGCUGUUACUGUUUGUUAUUUUUGCUACACAAUAUUGUUACUGCUAUGUUAUCAAAACAUGUGUUUUUACGGUAAACGAUUUGGUCGUCGAGAAGAAGAAUUUUAACGAUUCUGAGAUUUGCUGUAAACAUGGGGUCCAUGACAAAUAUAAUGUAGGAGAAAGGAUUGAAUGUUGCGGAGGAAGAACAUACCGACCAUAUGUAGACAUCUGCUGUGGAGAAAAGGUGUACGAAGGGACAAUUAGCCAAAGCCCAGCUCAUGAAAAAAGGUCAAAAGACGAAAAUGGUGGAAUUAAUUCUUUACUGAACGUGCCAAACCUAAUGUGCUGUGGAAAUGACACCUACACACCUCGGACAGAAAUUUGCUGUGAAGGCGUUGUUAAAAGGGCAACUGGAAGGGAAAUGGGGUCUUUCUUUCUUUCAGUGAUAAAAUCACUACGAUGCGUGUACACAAAAAAUGAUACAAUUCUGGAACAAUCAUUCAAUGCAUCUACUCAGAUCUGUUGUGGAAAGUCAGGAGUGCACGAAAAAUAUCAUCUAGGACAAAGAAUGGACUGCUGUGGAGAGAGGACAUACAAAACGGAAUUACAAAUAUGUCACGGAGAGAUUGUUAUAAGCUGUGGAAGUCAUUCUGAUUUAACAAAAGGUACAGUCACAGUGCUGACGAAUGCAUCGAAGCAUAUGUGCUGUGGAAAUAAAGUUUACUCCCCUUUGAAACAGACAUGUCUGAAUGGAAUCGUUAAAAGUGCAGAGAGAAGAACAAAUACAUUGGACCUGAUAUUAAAGAAGAUCCUGAAAUCCAAGAAAAAGAACUUAUUCUUUGUUUACACUUCUGCUGCACAAGCCAAUAUGUACGCCUCAAAGGCAGAUUUCUUCUGGAAAAGUCAGCCCAAAUAUAACUCUCAUUUACUGUAUAAAACAAAAUAAAAAUGUUUCUUUCCCCAUUACUUUUGAAAGCUUUAUGCAUGUAUGAAGCUCUAGAUACAGUGUACAUAAAUAGAUUUAUUUUUCAUACAGAGUAUAAGAUGUUCUUCAGAAAAAGUACCAUUGUUAGUAAAUGGUAUCGUGUAUAUUAUGUAUAUUAUGUAAAAUUAAUGUAAUCAUUAGGUCUUGUAAGCAUAAAUAUUUAGAAAAAAUGCUUUUGAAAAUUAUUAAAGUUAUGUUCUGCAGCUUUUGUAAACAAAGGCCAGGAAUCUGAAUCCUUCUUUUGAUUUCGUAGUUUGUAAAAAUGAAUAAAAGACUGAUAAAAUCA